CGCUGCGUCUGCUCGAGAGCAGGAGAGAGGAGCGAGCGAGCGAGCGAGCGGCGUUUCUUCGUUGCGCGCGUGUCCCUCCGCCUCCUCCUCCUCCUCCUCGCUCCCGCGACUCACUUCGCGUCGUCGGCUCGAACGAUCUCGUCCCUCCGUCAACAUGGCGUGCGGCGAGGGCAAGGCGUGCCCCGACGGCGGUGGCCUUGCCCCUCCGUCAAGCUGCCCCGCGUCGUGUUCCCAAGCUCCGACGUCCGCUCCGCACUGCCCUGGAGUCCCGUCCGCCGGACCCACCGCAGCAGCCGUCGUCCUGCUCCCCCGCGAGAAGUGGGGGAGCCGCGUGGAGUUUAUGCUGUCCGUGGCCGGAGGUUUCAUCGGCCUGGGGAACGUGUGGCGCUUUCCCUACCUGUGCUACAAGAACGGAGGCGGAGCAUUCCUGAUCCCCUACUUCAUGUUCCUGUUCGGAGGGGGCCUGCCAAUCUUCUUCAUGGAGGUGGCACUCGGGCAGUUCACGUCGGAGGGUGGCAUCACCAGCUGGCAGAAACUGUGCCCGCUCUUCACCGGCAUCGGCUACGCGUCCGUGGUCAUCGUGUCGCUGCUCAACAUUUACUACAUCGUCAUCCUGGCGUGGGGCCUCUACUACCUGGGGUACGCCCUCACGGGAACGGUGCCGUGGGCGACCUGCGGGCACGAGUGGAACUCGGACUUGUGCGUGGAGGACGGCCUGCGCAGGAACCUCACGGCUGCCGCGGCCGCCGGCAACGCGAGCGGCACUCCCGCGGUCACUUUCACCUCACCCGUCACGGAGUUCUGGGAACGCAAGGUGUUGGGGCUGUCGAGUGGCAUCCAAGAGCUGGGCGCGCUCAAGUGGGACCUCACGCUCUGUCUCUUUGCCGUCUGGGUCAUUUGCUUCUUCUGUAUCUGGAAGGGAGUCAAGUCCACAGGCAAGGUGGUGUACUUCACGGCCACCUUCCCCUUCGCCAUGCUGAUCGUGCUGCUGGUGCGGGGGGUAACUCUACCCGGCGCUGCUGACGGCAUCGCCUUUUACCUCUACCCGGACCUCACGCGGCUCACCGACCCACAGGUGUGGAUCGACGCAGGGACACAGAUCUUCUUUUCCUACGCCAUCUGCAUAGGCGCCAUGACAUCCCUGGGCAGCUAUAACCACUACAAGUACAACUGCUACAGGGACUGCCUCAUUCUGGGCUGCCUCAACAGCGGCACGAGCUUCAUCUCCGGCUUCGCCAUCUUCUCGGUGCUGGGCUUCAUGGCGCAGGAGCAAGGCCUCCCCAUCGCAGACGUAGCUGAGUCAGGCCCCGGGUUGGCGUUCAUCGCCUACCCAAAGGCUGUCUCCAUGAUGCCUUUCCCCACCUUCUGGGCCGUGCUCUUUUUCGUGAUGCUCAUCCUCCUCGGCCUCGAUAGCCAGUUUGUCGAGGUUGAGGGCCAGGUGACGUCACUGGUCGACCUCAAUCCGGCGUUCCUCCGCCGGGGCCAUCGCCGGGAAAUAUUCAUCGCCCUCAUCUGCUUCGCCAGCUUCCUGCUCGGCCUGCCAAUGGUCACAGAGGGGGGCAUGUACGUGUUCCAGCUCUUCGAUUACUAUGCGGCGAGCGGCGUGUGUCUGCUCUGGGUGGCCUUCUUCGAAUGUGCAGCUGUGGCCUGGGUCUACGGUGCCGACCGCUUCUACGACGUGGUGGAGGACAUGAUCGGGUACCGGCCGAACCCGUGGAUGCGGAUCAGCUGGUCCGUCAUCACGCCCAUCCUGUGCGUGGCUUGCUUCGUGUUCUCGCUGGUGAAGUACACGCCGCUCACCUACAACAAGACGUACCUGUACCCCGACUGGGCUCAGGGCUUGGGUUGGGCCAUGGCCCUCUCGUCGAUGCUCUGCAUCCCGGGGUUCUUCAUUGUGCAGGUCCUGCUCUCCGAGGGCCCGCUCGUAAAGCGGAUUAAGCUGCUGAUGGUGGCGCGCGUGGAGAAGCGAGGGGGCGAUCCCGGAGCGGAGGAGGAGGCGCUCUGUGGGAGCCUGGGACCGCUGAGCAGCCCAGACUCCAUGCUUCAGGACAAGGCGGGCAUCAUGCUCACCGCCCUCUGACCCGCGCCUCUCCCAGGGCGCCGGAACACACGCGGUCGUGUGAGAGACCCUGGGUCGUGAUGUGAAGCAGAGGAGGAGGCAAUCUCGAGUUGUGCACUGCCACGUCACCACACAUGCAGGGCGACUUGCUCUGUGGACGUUACGCGGGUUAUUCGCCACUGCUGCUGCUGCAGUGGUGCACAGGCGGCAACUAGCAACACCACAACUCUACACGUUGGUCAAUAACACCGUGGCCUAUAAGUGCAAAAAAAUAUACAAUCGGGGACGUCCCAGGCAAUGGUUCCUAUUCAUAGAGGCAACGAUAUAUGCGCGCGAAUGGCGAUUUGCUGAUUGUGUGCUGUGAAGAAGGGCCGCUGCUCGAAACGUCGCCUAUCAUUUCCUUUCAAGGGCGCUGUGUUAAUGACAGACCGACAAAGGAUGCCCCGUUCUCUCUGAUUGGUCCCUUGAGGGACGCUCGACGUCUUCGCCCUGCGGGCACCGCACACGAGACCAUUUCCAUUCGCACAAUGUCUAUAAGCGCCACCAGAGGUGCUGGUAAAACCUGGGCCCACGAUGCUGCCAGCCUCCACGGCGUGCGUAGGUUUGUCCCAGAAGACUGACGGGGCGGGCCCGUCGAUUGGAUCCGGUGCCAUCCCACCACAACUCUCGCUCUCUGCUCCUCUCUCUCCAUUCUCUCCUCUCUCUUGUGUACCUGGUGUCCAAACCCCAGGAGGGGCUCCAUCACUGGGCUAGCGGUCUCGGUGAGGUCAUGGGAUCAGCGGUCGAAAAGCAAUGUUCUAUAAACGUACCUUCGGGAAAAGUGUUGGUUCGUUAAGUUGGCCUAUAUUUUGUUAUUGUUGAUAAUUAACCGGUAUUCUUUGUGGCAUUUUAACCGUUUAGUUUUUACACAAACACAGUUUGGUUUUUGAUUGAGGAUGACUGCUGGGAGCUCGCGGUGAAUUUUUCCAUGGUUUCCAAGGGCUAUGGGCCUAGUGUGUGGGGUGACUUGGACCCACUUGUAAAGAUUUUGGGACUCGCAGAACUCGGAUGGAACCAGCGUGGCCAGGAUCUGGCAUUAAAUGUCCUGUGGAAAUGAGGCAGGAGCUUGCAGGCCGCUGAGUUUCCAGACCUAGGAGCUUCCAGGCUCUUGAUUCUCCAGACCCAUGAGCUUCAAGGCCCCUGAGUCUCCUGACCCACGAACUUCAAGGCCCCUGAGUCUGCUGACCCAUGCCCACCGUGAGCUGGCGCUGCAACCCUCCCAGCCCAAGUCUCACAUUCCACUGUGUGUAGCCGCUACUGUAGGUGAGGUCUGUAGAUGACUGCGUGCAUUUCUUUAGCAGUGUUAUAUUUGUCUAGGUGUUUCAAAUUAAAAGAAAAGUAUUUUCUGUGGCAGGUAUGUCAUUACAUAAUAUGCAAAAUGCAUACAUAUUACCUUCAUGUUUAUAUCGUUAGCUUCAAAUACAAACAGAAAAUCAACCAACAAAACCUUUAGUGACAAGGUACGGGUGCACUCCAGACCGGUCAUUGAGCGACAACGCAUGGGUAGCAGUGGAGCAAAACCACAGCCCAGAUCCACACCGUGAAGGUCCCGCUGAAUAUCACACACACACGGCUCUGCAUCAAAGGCAUUCACAUACUACUUUGUAACCCAUCGAUUCGACGUGACAUCUACAGUUCCUGUCGAAUGCGAAUGUUGUUACUCACCAAGGUGGCUACGAAUCAAUACCGUCCACCAUCACCAUCGUGAACUCGACUCCCCUAGUCACGGCUGCAGCGUUCGCUGCUCCUUCAGCGUCUUGAAAACUUCCAAACUGUGAAGCCUUCUGUCCAACUCAAGUUUCAGAGAAGCCUCGCGUGGCGUGUCCCUGUCGGUGGGUUUUUUUUGUUGCACGACCCCCACGUGCUUUAAGUGGGAUGCGUGCUAAGUCAUCUCGCAGGGUGUCCCAUGUGUCCUGGUGUCGUGCUUGUUGGCGAGUGUGUGGGGCGCGUCGUUUAUGGUGGUGUCGUUCGCGAAAUGUGUGUGGCCUGGCUUUGUCACGGGGCGUGUGUGACCUGUGGAUGGGGUGCACUUUAGUGGUUUUAAUGGGGGUAUGAUGGGGAUUGGGUGUGUGUGAGCUCACGUGUACCGUAGUUAUGGCUACCUGAGAUGUAAUCCACACCAAUUGCACUUUGUCGUGGCGUGCUCCUUGAUGGACUUUGCACAUCGCUGCAGUUGAGUUGCAGCUUUAUGUCGGCGUGGGUGUUGAGCAGCGUGGAUACGAGCAAUGCAAAUGAGCCAAAAGAAGAAAAAAAACAGAUUAGACAUUCUGGGGACACAAAAAAAAACUAUUCAAUCGAUGACAAUGCAAUUAUAAAAGAAACAAAUAUUUUACUAUGAUAUUUUCUUAAUUUAAAUAAAAUGUCAAUUCUAAAUUCA